AUGGCGUUUCGCGCAAGUCGGUGCCUCGCGGCGACGGUCGUCGUCGCUCUUGCGGCUGGACUGCACCUCAGCUUUUUUGUGCCGUCCACGUUUCUCUCUCCACGGAGGCGCUUGCUGCUUUUCUGCCUCUAUGUUUCGCUUUUUCUCUUUGUCUUCGUCUCCGCUCCUUCCCUCGAAACCGCUCGCCUGCUCUCUGCACGCGCGGCGGAGGAGCCGAAUGCCGCCGCCGCUGCCGCCGAGCCUGAUGACGACGCGUAUGCUGAGGGUUCAGAACUCUUUGCCGACCUGCAAUCGGCGCCCGAAACUCACAGCGAGGGCUCUACAGAGUUCAGGGUCCGCAUGCAGGAAGUGAUGACCCAGGCUGGAGACAUCACAGACCAAUUCAUGGUGGAGAUCGCGUCCCUCACUGCGCAGAUAGACACGCUUCGCAUGGAGGUCAACAACGCCAAAGGCGAAUUGAAUCGGCUCAAUGAGCUCUUCGACGACAAAACUGAAAAGACGCUUCGCAUGAUCGGCGAGCGCAUCGAGGAGUUUAGCAGUGACCUGGAGCAGCUGGAGGCGGAUUUGAGCGAGCAGCUGAAACCAGGAACUGGGAUUGUGUUCAAGCGACUCGAGGAACUGCGUACGCAGCUUCUCAAGAGCCGCGCCGAGGCGGAAAGUCAUUUUCAUUCCGAGGCGUACAGCCUCAUGCGCCAGGUCGACACGUGCAGCGCCAGAGUGGACGAACUCACCCGCGUCUAUUUUGACCUGCGGAAUCGGACCGACUUGGAGACCACCGACAUGGAUGCACGGAUGAUUAAGGCGCGGCACGAGCUGGAAGAUCUUGUGCAGCAGCGUGUGGCAGUUUUGGCUGCCUCGGAGCAGCGCAUCACUGCGGAGGCUGUGAAGCGGCUGGUGGAGUUGCUGAAGAAUUUGCGCCUGGAAGAAAACAUGCUGCAGGACAUCGUCAGGAGUAUUCAGCGUCAGUUUUUGGAGCCGUCGACCGUCGUGGGGAGACACGCGCACCGGGAAAAGGGCGCGACGUUUAUCGACCUCAGCAGCUCCUUCGCGGACAGCAAAAUCGAGAAGGUGUGCGUGGUCAUGACGCACCACGUGCAGCAACUUCUUCCAGGGAAGAUUGUGAUUCCCAUUUUCAUUCACAUCGUGCCGCCCGUGUCGCGUCUGAGUCAGCCAAACAACACGCGGGGACGGAAGGUCUUCAGCGGCCUGGGGGGGGCCCGUGCGCUCUUGGCGUCGCUGAAGCUGGCGCCACUCGGCAAGGCGGACGAAAGCGACAUGCCAGACGAUGCACAGUCUGGAGUCGACGAGCCGUCAGACAUGGUCAUCCCUGAUGAGCAGAUUAUUGCUGCCGGCGCCGCGCAGUGGCUGCAAGAACGCCAGGCCUUUGGCGCGCGCUCGGAUCACUACGUGGUCGUGCGGGUUCACGGGUUGCUGAUGGAGUACUACACCGUCCCCACCCUGCAGUACCAGCAAUUCAGUUACGCGCGACCGAAGAACAUUUCUGUCGCGCGGCCUGAGCACUUCGCUGAGAGACUGGAAGAAGUGAUGCACAGCAAACUACGCGUUCUCGAGGCUGCUUUAGACAAGGACACGUUCUUACUCAUUGGGUAUCUGGGUGAAGCGACGGGACACGUUGUGCAGCCGCGGGCGUCGCUCCUGCAGACGGCCAACCGGGUUGCUGCCGCGCGAAGCCUUGAGCAGGAUGUGACGUCUUCGAGUGUAGGUGUGUAUUCCCGUGUCAAGCAAUUCAAACAUCAGCUGCGGUUCAUUGAUGAUCUGGCGAACAUCUACGCCCGGUUAUAUAAGAAAAACUUGGCGACGAGGGCCGUCCUACAGGGGGACGAGAUCGAGGUCGUCGUCGUUGUUGGAGGCAAGGCAGCUGGUGUAGGAAAGAUUACGGCUGAGAUGCCCCCAUGUCGAGAGGACGAUCCGUUUUUCCGGCAGGCGUUUACAGUUCUGUCAAUGAACUUGACAGCCGUCACUCAGCAGAUCUUCGCGUUCCCCAGUGACAUGUUGCUGGCGAAGGCCCUUUCGGGGCUGGUAUCGGGUAUAGAAGGCGGUGUUGCCGGUUACACUGAAGAGAGUAGCACAGGAAGAUCCUCAGGAGUGCAAUCAGCGUGUGGGGCAAUCAUAUCCACCAGCGGUCUCGCCAAGCGGGUGUGGCGGCAGCAAGUGUUGAGGGCGUCGCUGUCGGUUAUGCGGAAGAGUACACCGGCAGAGAAGGGUGGUGGCGGCAAGGAAGAGACGCCGCGUGCGCUGACGGAGGUCCCGGUUGUGAAGGGUAGUAUUCGGGAUGCCGUCGAAGCGAAUCUGGAACUAGGAUACUUGGAUCUGCCAGCGUACAUCAUGGAAGCAAUUGUGCGGGUCAUGAGGGAUCGGCUCGAAUUCGUUUCCCGAGGAUAUACAUUUUACGUAAUUGUCAACGUGAGCGAGUAA